CCAACAUCUUGUUAAAAUUUUCCCAGAAUUGGAACCAGUGCCUAAUGAUGACCUUAAAGCUCAAAUCAUUCAAAUUUCUGAAAUUAUUACAACUCAACAUGAGGCCCAAGAAGUUAUUGACCUAACUGAAGAUUCCCACCUUCGACAACUUACCCAAGACUAUCUUGACAAUGAUGAGUCUAUUGAGAUUGAAGAAGCUUUGGAUGAUGAACGAAUUAUAGAAUUGGUUAAAAACCUAAUUGUUAAUGAUAAUAGGUCUGAUGAUCAAGUAAAUAAAGAACCUAAAAUUACCUUUGCAGAAGCCAAAAGCAGCCUCAACUAA